UUGUUGAAGUACUAUAUAGUAGCGGCGGGCAUCGAUAUCCGCUACCAUCGUUCCGACUUCCAUGUGUGGCAUAUACUGCUCUAUAGCUGCUACAGGCCACCAUGUCGAUGCAGAAGUUUUCCAGGCCUUGUCGCAACCACUGAAGAGUGCAAAUGGCGCUAGAGGACCAGAUGCGCAGACAUCGUACACAUUUCGCUUGCCUGCUCUACGCCGGAAUCCUUCGGAGGGACAAGCGCGUGGCACCGAGCUUCAAAUCGAAUUCUUUGCAUCCGAGCUCCUGCUAAGGGGCCAUACUGCAGUGGUCCAGCCCCAUCAGAAAGAGGGGGACGUGUUCUGUUGGAAUGGAGAGGUGUUCGAAGGGCUUGACAUUGGCCCUGAGGAGAACGAUGGUGCAAAACUCUUUGCUCGACUCCGACUUGAUUGUACUGUUGAUUCGGUGCCUGGUUUACUUGGCAAUAUCGAGGGACCAUAUGCAUUUGUCUUUUAUCAUUCUAGCUCAGAGAAGCUCUAUUUUGCGCGCGACCCACUAGGCAGGCGGUCAUUGCUACUACACAGGCCGAGCCCAUCUUUCCCGUACCUUCUCCUCUCGUCUGUGUCCGCAGGCAAUCACCCCGCAUAUCAAUUUGAGGAGUUAUCCACAGAAAGUAUCUUAUGUCUUGACGUCGGCCGAAUGCGCCAAUCGAACGACGUUGUAAAGGGAUUCGAUGGCUCCUUAUCUAUCAUACCCCGAAGGGCCUUAGCCGCAAAGUUUGCGGAAAUAUCCAGGGUGAACACUGCACUCCCCCCGAAAAAUUUACCUUCCUUGGACCCCUUCGGAUGCGGGGCAUGUCCAGAAGCAUGGUCGGACGCAGUGAAUGAACUCGUUGCGCACCUGGAUCGGAGUGUAAUGUUGAGAGUAAAAGAUAUCCCUUUUCAGUUUGGUCAAGGGAGGAAGGCCCGGGUAGCCGUCCUUUUCAGCGGUGGAAUUGACUCCACUAUGCUAGCAUUUCUAGCUCAUCGUCACGUUCCUGGAGAUGAGACAAUAGACUUGAUAAACGUUGCCUUCGAGAACCCUCGAAAGAUCCAAGUGCAACUAGGAGGUAAAUCGGACAUGCUUCCAAAGAGGGAGAGGAAGAGGUACCGGAAAGUUGCUGAUGGAGGAACCACGUCGUACCUAGUGCCGGACCGUAUCACGGGCUUACAAGAAGUGGAAGAACUGCGGAAACUAUGUCCGGGGAGAACAUGGAAUUUUGUGGAAGUAGAUGUCCCUUAUGAGGAAAGUCUGGCAGCAAGAUCUGGUGUAGAGGCAGUUAUGUGGCCUAGCAGGACCGUUAUGGACCUGAGUUUGGCAAUGGCGCUGUAUUUUGCAUCUCGGGGCGUGGGUCGCAUACGCAGUUCGCCAUCAGAGUGUUACCAACCAUACACGAGCCAUGCAAGGGUACUGCUAAACGGACUUGGUUCUGAUGAAUUGCUUGGUGGAUAUGGUCGGCAUCGCACGGCAUUCACUGCGAGGGGUUGGGGAGGUGUCAUCGACGAGCUCCAAUUAGAACUCGACCGCAUCCCAACCCGUAAUCUCGGACGGGACGACCGCAUCAUCUCCUCGCACGGCAAAGAGACACGACAUCCUUUCCUAUCGUUGUCGGUGGUGUCUUUCUUGGCUGGUUUACCGGUGUAUCUUAAGCUAGACCCACGCCUGGAUGUUGGGAAGGGAGAUAAGACACUGUUGAGACUUGCUGCACACAAGCUUGGACUGGUAGAGGCAAGUGCAAGAAAGAAACGUGCGAUGCAGUUCGGUAGUCACUCUGCACGCAUGGAAGCAGGCGGGAGCGAGAGAAGGGGAGAGUUGAUAAUUGUAUCUCCUGUGGACCUGUAGAUCUUAGUUUCUGUGUGACCGUACUUGCCGCGUACGUUGCG